AUGGUGAGCGCGGCGGGGGCCGGGGGGCCGCGGGGGGAGCCGCCCAAGGACGACAAGAAGAAGAAGGACGCGGGCAAGUCCGCCAAGAAGGACAAGGACCCUGUCAACAAGUCCGGCGGCAAGGCCAAGAAGAAGAAGUGGUCCAAGGGGAAAGUGAGAGACAAGUUGAACAAUCUCGUCCUGUUUGACAAGGCCACCUAUGACAAGCUGUGUAAAGAAGUACCCAAUUACAAGCUCAUCACACCAGCAGUUGUCUCAGAAAGACUGAAGAUUCGAGGUUCUUUGGCUAGGGCUGCUCUCCAAGAACUGCUCAGCAAAGGUUUGAUCAAACUCGUGUCCAAGCACCGAGCCCAAGUGAUCUACACUAGAAACACAAAAGGUGGAGAUGCGCCUGCUGCGGGGGAGGAUGCAUAG